CGGCCUCCCAUUGGCUGCCGGCGGACACCCCGGAGCAGGUCGCUCUCCUCGGUGCUGAAAUCGCUGCUCGUCGUGAGAAUGUGAAACGGCGAUGAGGCCAAACGGAGGAGCGUCAGUCAGUAAACAGCAAAAUGGACGAUGAUCUGUUCCAACUGAGACAGCUGCCUGUUGUCCGCUUUCGUCGCACAGGUGAGAGCACACGCUCAGAGGACGAUGGCGAGAAUAGAGAACAGGUCAUCAAGAUUGCAGAGCAGACCGAUCUGGAGUCUGUGGCUCUUGCAGAUGGAGCUCCGGUUCCUCGGGAGUUUGCGAAUCCAACUGAUGACACAUUCAUGGUAGAAGAUGCCGUAGAGGCCAUAGGCUUCGGGACAUUUCAGUGGAAACUCUCCAUCCUCACUGGCUUGUCCUGGAUGGCCGAUGCUAUGGAGAUGAUGAUCCUCAGCAUCUUAGCCCCACAGCUCCACUGUGAAUGGAGACUGCCCAGCCUUGAGGUGGCAAUGCUUACAUCGGCAGUGUUUAUUGGAAUGAUGAUCAGCUCUUUUCUUUGGGGAAAUAUAGCUGACAAAUACGGCAGAAAGACAGGUCUCAAGAUGAGUGUGCUGUGGACUAUGUUCUAUGGCCUGUUGAGUGCAUUUGCACCUGUUUAUGGCUGGAUCCUCGUCCUCCGUGCACUGGUUGGCUUUGGCAUCGGAGGAGCCCCACAGUCGGUGACUCUGUAUGCUGAAUUUCUGCCUAUGAAGUCCAGAGCCACGUGUAUCUUGCUGAUUGAGAUAUUUUGGGCACUGGGCACCGUGUUUGAGGUCCUCUUAGCAAUCCUGGUGAUGCCCACUCUGGGCUGGCGUUGGCUGCUUGGCCUUUCUACCAUUCCUCUCUUCAUCUUUGCCAUCCUAUGUUUCUGGCUACCAGAGAGUGCUCGGUACGAUGUGUUGACGGGGAACCAGGAAAAAGCUCUGGCCACACUGAAGCGGAUUGCGACGGAGAACGGAGCACCGAUGCCACUGGGAAAACUUAUCGCUGCCAGACAGGAGGAUCGUGGAAAGAUUCAAGACUUGUUUUCAUCACACUUUCGCUGGACUACAGUUCUGCUGUGGUUUAUUUGGUUCGCCAACGCCUUCUCUUACUACGGACUGGUGCUGCUCACUACGGAGCUGUUUCAGGAGGGAGGCGCAUGUGGAAUGUCCAAAGGUAAUAAGAGGGAGCUCCGAUGCAACUUGGAGUGUAAAUAUCUGAACUCUGACGACUACAAAGACCUGUUGUGGACCACCUUAUCUGAAUUCCCAGGACUGCUGGUGACACUGUGGGCCAUUGAUCGACUGGGAAGGAGGAAGACCAUGGCCUUGUGUUUCUUUAUAUUCUCUAUGUGCAUCAUUCCACUCUACGGUUGUGUCGGGAGAGUUUCCAUGACAGUGUUGAUAUUCAUCGCCAGAGCUUUCAUCGCGGGAGGAUUUCAGGCUGCCUAUGUGUACACUCCAGAGGUGUACCCGACAGCGACCAGGGCUUUAGGUCUGGGAACAAGCAGUGGAAUGGCCAGAGUUGGAGCCCUCAUUACUCCUUUUGUUGCACAGGUGAUGUUGGAGUCGUCUGUGUAUCUGGCUCUGUCCGUGUACUGCUGCUGCUGCCUCCUAGCUGCCAUCGCCUCCUGUGCCCUGCCAAUUGAGACAACAGGCCGGGGCCUGCAGGAGUCCAGCCACCGCGAGUGGGGCCAGGAGAUGGUGGGCCGGGACUCCUCCCGCAACUCAGAGAGAAUCCCUCAGUCCAGCCCUGGCUCCCAGGGCUGAGGAGACGUCGGGAUGGAGAACGACUGAGAGAGGCAACCACUGUGAGGAAAAAUAGGCAAGGAGAGGCGGAAAAAAAAAGCUCAACCAGCUUUCGGUGUCCAUCUCCAGUCCCAUCCUAUGACUCUUCAGUUUAGGCACCACAGUGGCUUCAGAGAGCCAGGCAGCACAAUAUUAUAUAUUAUUAUUAUAUAGUCUUCAACCACCAUUGCUGUCACAAUUUCGCCACUGAAUAACUGCGCACAGAGUGACUGUGAGAGACCAACUAACCUACACAAGUGCAAUAUCGAGAAAAUUAUUGGUGGAACGAUGUGUUAAACAUCCUUGAACAAGUGAGAAUUCAAAUACUUCAAGCAAAGUAUUUGAUUCCUGAAUAAAGAAGGUAAACGUGUUAGAAGUUAGCUUCAAAUACCUAAUUCAAGGAGCCUUAAAAACUACCUAUUCUGUUUGUGUUUGAGAAACGUCUUCUCAACCUUAUGAAAAAGCUGCGUCUACUAGCAUAACGGACAUAGAUGCGUAGAUAAGACAGAGCAUUAUCUUGUGCACACAAAUUGCCUGUUAAAAUACACUAAUUGCAAACUCAGCUUUCUAAAAAAAAAAGUGCAUUGCUGGAAUGAAGAACAGUUUAUCGAAUCAACAGACCGUUUGAUUAAAUAAGGUCUGUGGUUUCUCCAUUUAGGAUUCACUUCUGUCAAGGCAGUGAAAUGACAGACUGCACAGUGAGUCACUGACUUCCUCGUAUACUGUAAGCAUCCUUUUGAAAUCCUGUGUCUGUUCUUUCUUCUUGUGUCAGUAUUAUUUCACAUUUCAACAUGGAUGGAUAUUUGUUCUCUGCUAAAGAAAUGAGGAAAAAGCAGGUAUUACUCUAAUAAUAAUGAAAAUACCACCUCACGUCUUGAUCAUUACGUGGUGAUUUUAUUUACAUUCAUCUGAAAAAGCCCUAAUCAGAGCAUCAUACAGGCGAGAAUAUUUCACAAUUAUAGCACAACUGGAACCACAGAUCCUGGACUGAAGACGACAUAAUGUAAAUUGAAGUAUUAGGAAAUCUAAAUCUAAGUAUUUUCAUCACCCAACGCUCAACCUAGUAAGUAAGAAUUACAUGAUUUAUUAACAUGAGUAUAUGGUGUUACGAUCUAAAAUCCAUGCUGCAUACACAACCAUUUAGCAGGGCGUUCUGUCUUUCUGUAAAUACUGUAUCAAUACCUGGUUUAGUUGUUGUCUUUGCUUUUGUUUGUAACAAAGGUGAUGUGAAGACGGACUUUGCCCACACUGAGUAAAGUUUUGUUUAAAAAAGGUUAACUAGUACAGGCAAGCUGAGUCUUACCUGCCAGUGUUUGAGAUAUAGUGCUGCAUUAAGUGUCUGUGUGCACAGAUUCUUGUCAAUGCACUGGAUGUAAAUGUGUAUGAUACUAUAGUAAAUAACCUUUCAAAAAGA